GUGGUGCCUGUAGCUCCUCACCGGUCAGGACUUUUAUGGAUGCAAAUCAAAACUCUUAGACUCCCGAACUCUGAGGAUCACCCUGCCCAUGGGAGAAUAUGUUUUAGUCUGAGAUGGAAUAAUGGCCCUAGGUUUGAGGAACAAAUCUGGAAUGGGAAUUCAGACUGCACAAGUCCUGGUAGUUUCCUGGUUGUGACAGAUGAGACAUGAGAUCUUCAGCUUCCAGGCUCUCAAGUUUUUCCUCAAGAGAUUCAUUAUGGAAUCGGAUCAUGCCGGACCAGAUCAGCGUGUCCGAGUUCAUCGCGGAGACCACCGAGGACUACAACUCGCCCACCACGUCCAGCUUCACCACCCGCCUGCAGAACUGCCGCAACACCGUCACGCUGCUGGAAGAGGCAUUGGAUCAAGACAGGACUGCACUGCAGAAAGUGAAAAAAUCUGUGAAAGCAAUAUAUAGUUCAGGACAAGAUCAUGUUCAAAAUGAAGAAAACUAUGCACAAGUGCUAGAUAAGUUUGGAAGUAAUUUUUUAAGUCGGGAUAACCCCGAUCUUGGCACGGCUUUUGUAAAGUUUUCCACACUUACUAAAGAAUUAUCAACGCUGCUGAAGAACCUGCUCCAGGGUUUAAGCCACAAUGUUAUUUUCACUUUGGAUUCCCUGUUAAAAGGAGACUUAAAGGGUGUUAAGGGGGACCUUAAAAAGCCUUUUGACAAAGCCUGGAAGGAUUAUGAAACCAAAUUUACAAAAAUUGAAAAGGAGAAACGAGAACAUGCCAAACAGCACGGGAUGAUACGAACGGAGAUAACGGGAGCUGAGAUAGCAGAGGAGAUGGAGAAGGAAAGGAGGCUUUUUCAGCUGCAGAUGUGUGAAUAUCUUAUUAAGGUUAAUGAAAUCAAGACAAAAAAAGGUGUGGACCUUCUGCAGAAUCUUAUUAAGUAUUAUCAUGCACAAUGCAAUUUCUUCCAAGAUGGCUUGAAAACAGCUGAUAAACUUAAACAAUACAUUGAAAAGUUGGCUGCUGAUCUGUAUAAUAUAAAACAGACACAAGAUGAAGAAAAAAAACAGCUUACUGCUCUCCGCGAUUUGAUUAAAUCAUCUCUGCAGCUUGACCAGAAAGAGUCUAGGAGAGAUUCACAGAGCAGGCAAGGAGGUUAUAGCAUGCAUCAACUUCAGGGGAAUAAGGAAUACGGCAGCGAGAAGAAAGGUUAUCUCCUAAAGAAGAGCGACGGUCUAAGGAAAGUUUGGCAAAGAAGAAAAUGCACUGUUAAAAAUGGAAUUCUUACCAUAUCACAUGCAACGUCUAACAGGCAACCAGCUAAACUGAAUUUACUGACCUGCCAAGUGAAGCCAAAUGCUGAAGAUAAGAAGUCUUUUGAUCUAAUAUCACAUAACAGAACAUACCACUUCCAGGCAGAAGAUGAACAAGAAUACGUAGC